AUGGACGCGGCAAACAAUUCAUUCAAGCACUAUGGAAAGAUCGAAGAAGAACCGAACCAAGAUCUUGGUUCCUUUCGUCGCAAGUCAAGAAAGUGCAAUAUUGUGUUAAUCAUGAUCUCAACUAUCUUUUUGGUGGCCAUUGUGGUUGGGGUCGUGGUUGGUAUCGACAAACACAAGUUGUCUACGAAAGGUUCCUCCUCGGACCUUCCCCCGGUUAGUGCCUCGAUUAAGGCAUUAUGUGCCGUGAGUCAAUAUCCAGGCUCGUGUUCAUCGAGUAUUGAGUCGCUCAAUACUGAUAAUUCAAUUGAUCCUAAAAAGCUUUUUGAGUUGUCUCUUCGUGUUGUUGCGAAUGAGCUCUCAAAGUUGGCUACAUUUCCCAAGUUGAUGAUGGCUAAGGUCGAUGAUGGACGGGUAAAUGGUGCACUUAGUGUUUGCCAAGAGGUUAUUGAUGAUGCUAUUGGUAGGAUCAACGACUCGAUUUCAAUUACAUCCAUGAACAAGGUGGAAGCUACUUCGAUUGAUGACUUAGAGACGUGGCUUAGUACUGCUGUUACCGACCACGAGACAUGCCUAGACGCCCUAAACGAGGUAAACGCCACGAUGUUAGAAGAAGUAAAAGGGUUGAUGAGAAACUCAACCGAGUUCACGAGCAACAGUUUGGCAAUUGUGUCAAAAAUCCUAAGUGUAUUAUCAUCGUACAAGAUCCCAAACCGUCACUUAUUAGGAGAGGAGACAUCGUCAUUCCCAGAUUGGAUGGGACACAAUGACCGCAAGUUAUUAACGACGACAACAAAUCCAACACCAAACAUUACUGUAGCUAAGGAUGGGACCGGGAAUGUGACAACUAUUAUGGCUGCGGUGGCUAAGAUUCCAAAGAAAAGCAAAACAAGAUACAUUAUUCAUGUGAAGGCUGGAGAGUAUGUUGAGAAUGUGCAGUUGAGUUCGUCGUUCACUAACGUUAUGAUGUAUGGCGACGGCCAACUCCUCACCGUUGUAUCCGGUAGUCUCAACUUUGUCGACGGCACCUCGACAUUUUCAACCGCUAGCUUUGCUGUUAUGGGCACCGGUUUUAUCGCAAGAGACAUGGGGUUCGUGAACACAGCGGGUGCAAUCAAGCAACAAGCUGUGGCUCUUAUGUCGACGGCUGAUCAAUCCGUCUUCUAUAGAUGUUCAUUCAAUGCCUUUCAAGACACUCUUUAUACAUAUUCCGGUCGUCAAUUCUAUCGCGAUUGUAGUAUUAUUGGUACUAUUGAUUUCAUUUUUGGUAAUGCAGCUGUUGUAUUUCAAAAUUGUAGCAUUCUCCCAAGACAACCACUUCAUGGGCAAUUUGUUACUUUAACCGCUCAAGGAAAAACGGAUCCAAACCAAAAUACCGGAAUUGUAAUCCAAAAAUGUACAUUGUCACCCUUCGAUAGUCUCACGUCUCAAGCUUAUUUAGGUCGACCUUGGAAAAAUUAUUCGACAACCGUGAUUAUGCAAACUCAAAUUGGUUCUUUCUUAAAUCCCGCCGGUUGGAUUUCUUGGAUUACAAAUGUUGUUCCUCCUAAUACAAUAUUCUAUGCCGAGUAUUUGAACACCGGUCCGGGAUCUAGUAGAACUAAAAGGGUUAAUUGGGCGGGAUACAAGCCUCAAUUGAGCACGAGCGAAGCGUCAAAAUUUACGGUGAAGUCUUUUAUUAGUGGUGAAUCAUGGCUCCCGGAAACUAAUGUAACCUUUGAUAACUCCUUGUGA